UCUUAAUCCCCAAUUUCAAGUGCUAAUGCGAUUGCGACUCUGCGACUGGUCGACUGCAAGGCGAGUGGCAACUUUGCGAAUUGCGAGACCGCGGCGAGGAGGCAGUGACCGACGGCGAGCAAAAACUAUUCCUGGAGAAAUAACUAAUGAAUUCACGAGAGAAUAUAGAAAUCGGUGCUUUGAAGGACAACAUCAAUCAUCUGAAAAUCACAGAUUUAGCGUCUUCUUCUAACGAAGACAGCAUAGUGAAAGAAGACCAUGGCUGCGGCGUGCAAAUCACCUGCUUCUCCGAAGUCUCGCAAGAUGAUGUCAACCUCCAUUUCCAGAUAAUCCGCCUUCACAAGCAGAUAUAUGUCUGGAUAGGCUGCAAUUCUGCAAAGUUUGGACAUCUAUAUGCAGCUGCUUCUACACGCCCUAGCAACACAGUUGCUGUUACUUGCUUACUUGGAGGAUCAUCUGAUAAUACAGGAUCUGGAAUUGCACGUCGAUUAGUUUUGAAGACUGGCCUCAAUAUAGUAGUGGCUUCUAAUAUCCCAAAAAAUAGCCCCAUCCUUGAGGCAGAAGCAGAGAAAAAGUUGAUGCAAAAGCUUAUAAGUCUAGGGUACACAAAGCCAAGAUCUCAAGCACCCUCUUCAUGAUGAAAGAACUAAUGCUGUUGCAAUAUGCUUUGAAGCUUUUUUUUGCCCUUAGUAGAUUGCCAAUGCCAUGUUUCAGUACUGGCUAGUUGAAGCACAUUUGCUAUUUAUGGCAUGAGGAAUGUGAGAAAGUGCAUAGAAAAAGCUUAAGAUGAUUGGAUCUUUGCUCUGUUUUGAAGCAAAGGGGACUGUUUCUUGUUGUGCUAUAUCUUGUGAAAAUUGAAAAUGUAUUUAUUUGUCAAAAGGUUUGUCUUGAAAAUUAAGCUUGGAUUUUAGCUAUGAGAGAAAGAUCAGACAUGAUUUUGCCCAA